AUGGCCGAAACGGCCAUUAUCCUCGACGCAGACGCCGAUCAUCCGCGUCCACCCCGCAAAGCGCACAAGAGGCGCGAGAAAAACCAAUCCUCGAGAAGGAGAAUACGACCGUCGAGGCUGCUACACAACGAGAUUGCACCUGCUCCAGCUCUUCCGCCUCACAUGGCUAGGGUAAUGCCCCUGCGAUGGCCCGAUAAUAAGACAAUUCCGAUUGAAAUCGACCUCAGCAAGGCUCCCUAUCUCUACCACGACGUCAGAAUCUCCCCUCCCGACCCGAACGCCUUUUGGUCUCUGGGCCGGACCAGGCGCGUUCGACUCUUCGAGCAUCUCUCCCGGGUCAAUGUCACCAAGCCUACGCACAACAUCCUACAGCUGCUGAUCUGGGGGACGAGGGAGCGGGACCUGGCAACUAUGCUCAUCAAGUCGCUGUCACCCAUCAAGUCUCUGCCACUCAAGAAGGGACCUCGUGAUCUGAUUGCUGAGCUGUCAUUCAAGGUGGAAUAUCAUGAUCUGACCGCUGAGCUCAUCGGCCUCGCCCCGCCCGCCGUUCUUCGCCAUCUAUUGACGGUGGACGUCAAGCGUUUCUUUCACCCUCGCAUGCUGGUCAGGAUUAUUCACGUGGCGGCACGGAGGAUCACACAAAUGCGUAAACGUGUCCCCGAGACCGAGGCGGAAACACUGGAGAACAUCAAACGCUCGACCACCAGGCUUAUCAUCAGUCUUGUCGCCUUGAUCCUCCUCUCGUACAGGCCACCGGAAUUCCCCACCAAAAAUGGUGCUAUUGCAGAUUGGGCGACCGAGCAUAUACAUGAUCUCAAGGCCCUUGCCGAGGAGCGCAACUUGAUGGACAGGGGCGUGCAAAUGGGAAUCAUCUUCCAAGCCAUCAAGAACCUCCGGGAGCUUCUCCAGGACCAAAUAGGCGGGAAGAGCAAGACCAUCCUUCUAGGGCUCCGCAUCGCCAUUGGCCUAUUGGGGAUGGUGCCCAUCGUCGGUCCCGUCACCGCGGGCGUAUGCCCCCUCCUCGAGGAGCUCGUAGGGGCAUCGGUGGAGAAGAGAAAGGGGCGGGUAAAUCUGGUAGUGGAGAGGAUCAAUGAUGUUUGUGCUGACUUUGAGGAGGAGGCGGAGAGGACAAUCGCAGACCAGAAGGGUGUUGAGUUGUUUCGGAAAGGUUUGAAGUAUGUUGAGACAUGCCUCGUCUGA